AUGGCUCGAGACCGCCUUCCACCCACGGGAAGCGCCCCAUCCAGCAAGAAGGAAGUCACCUUCGCACUGGAGAGUGGAGAGACGGGCAGCACCCUCCUCGAGCAGCUGCUGCCAAAGUACAGGUCGGCCAAGGACGCCAAAGAGGAGGACACCAUCAAGGCGCUGGAGAUGGUGCGCCCUGAGCUGGCGGAUGCGCUCAAACCUGUACCUCCCAAGGCUCCAGAAGUUCUACUGGAACAACAUGCAGCGUGUCUCCGCCGUUUCCAGAGCCAGCAAGAGAAGCUCAAGAACCAGGUCGUGGCCAACGCCAGGACAGGGAAGGAGCUCCUCGUCAAGCUGGAGGAGAACGUCAGAGCGUGCGCCGAAACACAGGCUGAGGUCAACCGCCUCACUAGCCAGACAUCUGCAGCCAGGGGCGCUGGAGGUGCAGCCAUGGGUGCAGGAGAUGGAGGCAAGUCGGCUGCUACUGACGAGUCCCUCAAUUUCCCCGAGCUGGACCCUGAGGACGUCGCCCUCCUCACGCCAGAGCAGCAGACGGCCUACGAGGCAGCGCUGGCCAGGGCCAAGCAGGCCCAGGAGGUGUACAAGAACGCGCAGAGCAUCGGCCAGCAGGCGCAGGACGCGGCCAAGACGCUACGGGGGUUGCGGGAGACAGCCACUCACAAGCGUCGACGUGCCACUGGUGCCGCAGGUGUUGCGGCUGGGGCCCCUGCAGCUGGCGCCGAGUCGCAGGCCAAGGAUGACGAACAGCCAGGCGAGUCAAACCAAGACUUCACUGAUGUCAAGAACGUGGAGGCGUACAUCCAGCGCACGGCGUCCAUCAAGGUCAGAGGCUACAUGGACAGCUGCUACGGCUACAGGCAGGUGUUGCCAGUGCAGAAUUUGCCGUGGGGCCCUCACAUUGGCCUCAACAUCCUUUUCAGGUCUCGUCCCGCAUCGGUCUUCCUCCGUGUACCAGUGCUUCCAGUACCCUUGGUGAUUCCCGAGGGUGAGUCCAGGGUGCCCAAGGGCCUCAAGAGGUUCCAGAGGGACAGGGAGAAGCAUGCGAAGAUCCAGGAGAUGCGCGACGAGAUGCACGUGCUGCAGCAGGGUGACCUGCUCAACGACGACGACGACCACCUGCUGGACGACCACUACGUCACCAAGCGGGCCCUGAGGUGCGAGGACCAGGAGUGGAUCCAGUACGUGUAUGAGGCCAGCGAGGAUCUCGGUUACUCCUUCCCCCAGGCCGAGCCAGGCGUGCAGAGGAGUGAGGCGUACAGAGCUGCCCCGCAUCUGUCUGAGGUUCUCGCGAGGCAGUAUGGCAUCUGGUCGAUGGCGGCGGAGGCACAGCUGGCAGAUCUUUGCGGGGUUAAACUGCGGCAGGGAGCCCGCCGAGGCAUGCCAGUGAAGUAUCAGUGGAGACGCGCAGUGGUCCAGAAGAAUGAUUCGAAUUUCGGCCACUCCAGCGCCAACGCCCUCAGCAGCAGGUGGGCGAGUCUGCGUGCCAGGGAGCAGGAGCAGCUGGUGGCGCUAGGUCGUUUUCGUCAUUCGAGAUAUCGGCAGCGGGCCCAGGGCAUCGUGACCAGCAUACUGGCCGAGCGGCGCAGAGAUCAUGACAGCCAUGGUCCAGUUCCAGACGGCCAUGCAGAAGAUAUGACUGGGAAGUGGAGAGUAUUCAGAGAUGAUGAGCAGGUUAUUUGCCAGGGCGAGCGCAUUCGCGCAUGCACGGACUUCGCAGAGUGGCAGAACUUCGCGCUGAAGGUGCAGGCCCGCUCGAUCCGCCACGCCAGCCUGGCUUGGCAGCAGACGCGGAGCGAGAUCGGCAGCUGGGCGGUCAAGAGUGCGCAGGGCUCCAUGAAGGGCGCUCGCCGCUACCUGAAGAAGAACGAUCAGCGCGCCCUGGGUGAGACCUGCAUCGACCCCGUCACUGGUGAGGUAUGUGAUACGGUCCAGGGCACAACUGACGCCAGAGCGGCUUGCUGGGCAGCGCGGUGGACCUCCCAGCCACACCGCCUACCAGCAGUCCGUGCUGCCCUCGGUGCGCUGAGGACCCGUGCCCACGAGGACUUGGCCGACCGCCCCUUCCACACUCGGGAGCAACUGGUGGCGACACUCAAGUCUUUCCCGAAGGGCACGGGCACGGGGCCAGACCAGUGGAAGCCAGCACACAUCCUGGCCCUCUCGGGCCAGGGGCAGGAGUCUCUCGUCACGCUCUUCAACAUGAUCGAGCGAGGGCUGGCAUGGCCGCACCAGCUGCUGCACAACUGGUUCGCGCUGCUGCCCAAGGGCGAGAAGCAGGAGCUGGGCAACGAGAGGGACAUCGGCCUCCUGCCGAUGCCCGUCAGGAUCUGGGGGCGCCUCACCAAGUCCCCCCUGACGGAGUGGUGCGACAAACGGGCUGCGCACUGGGAUGCGGCGGUGAGAGGCAGCAGCGCGCUCCAGGCCGCCCUGCUCACCAUGGUCCUGGACGAGACUCGGGCACGCAUCGGCCUCAACGAGCAGAGCAAUUUUCUGGCAGAUGUUGAGAAGUUUUACGAUCACAUGGACUUGGCACAGAUGAUUCUCCAGGCGAUCGAGCUUCAAUUUCCUGCGGUGGAGCUGUACCUCUGCUGCCUGACGUAUCUAUCGCCUCGGACGGUCAAGGCCCAAGGGGCUUACGCCGAGCCCAUCGUGCCGAACUGCUCCAUCGCACCAGGCUGCGGGAAGGCCAACCACGGUGCAAGAGUCUUCCUGUGCCGGCUGUUGGAGAGGGCUCAUGAGAGGGCCCCGUUGGCUCACAUCAGGCAGUACGUCGACGAUGUACACACGCGAGUGGAGGGUCCAAGAAAGAUGGUGCUGGACCAGACUAAGACGAUCACUUGUGAGCUGGUGCAGGGCAUGCUGGACCUGGGACUCCGAGUCUCCCCCAAGUCGCUCUUGAUGAUGACGAAUGUGAAGGAUGAGGAGAAAGUCCAGCGGCACGUCUUGCGGAGCACGGGUAUCAAGAUCAAGCGAGCCAGCUGGGCCAAGGACCUUGGGGUAGACUGCUCCAUGGGACUCAAGCGUGCGACCAAGACCGCCAAGGGCAGGAUGACCACGGCGCAGGCUCGCGCCACGCGCACAGCCCUGUUCAGGCGAGUCGGUCGAGGAGGCACCAGAUCCAAAGGAGUCACGCUGCACAAUACCAACAUCAAGGCGAAGUUUCGAUAUGCUGAUCCAGUUCUGGGAGUGGCGCCGUCUGAUAUGGAGCGUAGGCGUGCCCAAGCGGCAGACUUGGCGGGACACACAGUCGGUGGCAGAUGCACGGCCUCAGUCCUGCUGCUCCACUACCAGGACGAUGAGCCCAAGAUGAGCGUGGUCAAGGAUCAGGUCAAGCAGUGGUUCCAGUUCUGGGAGGCCCAUCCAGAGCUGCGAGAACGAGUUCGACGGGGCUGGCGAGCGGUGCUGAAGCGGCUGGUAUACCUGCGCCCCCGCUCAAGAUGGCGGUGCGUGACGGGCCCGAUGGGGGCUCUCAUCAUGACGCUGCGCGAGCUCGGCUGGACCCCGCGAGCUCCAGACCACUGGCUCGACGACCAGGGGAACGAGUGGAAGCACAUGGGCGAUGCCGCGGACAGCUACGACGAGUUGUACGAGGCUCUGUGCUCCUCCGUCAGGCGCGACCUCUGGCAGCAGGCUGGCGAUCAUCCAGCAGGGCAGGGGCUGCGCGAGGGCGGCGACAUGCACGUGCUGCGGGUCAACCUGCGGCGGCUCCGUCGCCGGGACCGACACCGAGAGGCAGGUGCGCUGGAGGCGAACGCUCAG